AUGUCUCCCCUACUCUUUGUUUUAGGGAUGGAGUACCUAUCUAGGAUUCUUAUGAAAGCUAGUACUGCAGAUGGCUUUAAGUUUCACUCACGUUGUAAACAUCUACAUCUUACGCAUUUAGCUUUUGCAGAUGAUCUCAUGAUUUUAAGUAAAGGAAACCUGGAUUCCAUCCGAAUCAUGAAGCAAGGCUUAAAUCUCUUUUCAUGUUCCUCUGGUCUCAUUGCAAACUCCUCGAAAUCUGUGUUGCAUUUCAGGAGAUUAUCGGUGAUUGAAUAUGAAAUGAUUGUGGAGAAAAUGACUUCUAAGAUUAGGCAUUGGCAAUCUGGGAACCUUUCUUAUGCUGCACGGCUUCAAUCCUUUCUUUGGCAUGGCUCUCCCAAUAACAGCUCCGCUGGGAAUGUUGCUUGGCAUAAUGUUUGUAAGCCCAAAAAGGAGGGUGGACUUGGCAUUCGGAAUCUUGAAGUGUGGAAUAUGCGCUCAAUGUGUUGA